UCAGGCUGGUGGGCAGCGCGUGCGCACUGGUCCUGUUUAUUUAUUAUUAGUGCGCGGAGGGAAGAUGGCGGCGUCCUCCCUGGAACAGAAACUCUCGCGUCUGGAGGCGAAACUCAAACAGGAGAACAGGGAGGCGCGAAGGAGGAUCGAGCUGGAGAUCAGCCCGCAGCGUCCCAGGCCCAUUAUUCUCAUCACUCUAAGCCCCACGCCCGCUCCAUCCCAGCGAGCAGCAUUACAGCUUCCCCUUGCCGGCGAUGGACCUCCUCGAUCAGAUGCUGCUCCACAUCAUACUGUCCCAAUGCCUGUCCGGCCAAGAACAAUGUUGGCACUGCCCCAACCCACCUACUUUACACAAAGAAGCCUGGAAAGCAGUGAAAUUGAUCAGAAACUUCAAGAAAUAAUUAAACAGACUGGCUUUCUCUUAAUUGGAGGGCAGAAGUACCAGGCAGAUAUUAAUGAUUUAGAGAACUUGGGAGAGAUUGGAAGUGGAACAUGUGGUCAGGUCUGGAAGAUGCGCUUUAAGAAGACUGGACAUGUCAUUGCUGUGAAGCAAAUGCGUCGCUCAGGAAACAAGGAAGAGAAUAAGCGUAUCCUGAUGGAUUUGGAUGUUGUGCUAAAGAGUCACGAUUGUCCCUAUAUAGUGCAGUGUUUUGGCACCUUCAUCACAAAUACGGAUGUGUUCAUUGCAAUGGAACUUAUGGGGACGUGUGCGGAAAAACUAAAGAAAAGGAUUCAGGGACCCAUCCCAGAAAGUAUUUUGGGAAAGAUGACUGUGGCAAUAGUGAAUGCACUGUAUUACCUGAAGGAGAAGCACGGAGUAAUUCACAGGGAUGUUAAGCCUUCAAACAUCCUGCUUGAUGCAAAUGGGCAGAUCAAACUUUGUGACUUUGGAAUCAGCGGACGACUUGUAGAUUCAAAAGCCAAAACCAGGAGUGCUGGUUGUGCUGCAUAUAUGGCGCCAGAACGAAUUGAUCCUCCAGAUCCAACCAAGCCAGAUUAUGAUAUUCGUGCAGAUGUUUGGAGUCUAGGAAUCUCACUGGUUGAGUUAGCUACGGGGCAGUUUCCGUACAAGAACUGUAAAACUGAUUUUGAGGUUCUUACCAAAGUCCUCCAAGAAGAACCUCCUGUCCUCCCUCACAAUAUGGGCUUCUCACCUCUAUUCCAGUCUUUUGUUAAGGACUGCCUUACUAAAGAUCAUAGAAAGAGGCCAAAGUAUAAUAAGCUGCUGGAACAUCCUUUUAUACGUCAAUACGAGAUUCAGGCUGUAGAUGUAGCCACGUGGUUUCAAGAUGUCAUGGCUCAGACAGAGUCUCCCAGGAGCAGUACUCUCCUCAGCCCCCAAAACCUGCCUUUUUUCAGGUAGCGUCCAGCCUGGGAGGGGAGGAAUGGCCUCUCCCCAUUUUAACCUGGAUGCACAGCUUUGAGACUCAAAAGAGGACAAUCAUGUGUUUUGGGAGUGCUCAUGAACAUUUCCUCACCACUUCUUGAAUUGGAAAAUCAUCCACUGUCGCCUUGUCCUGAGACUAGCUACCACGUAAUAUAGGUAGACCCCCCUAUAUUGUGACAUGGUGUCUUCAUUGAGGCGUUGACUACCUUUGGGAUAGAAUCUGUUCCUAAGUGGCCUCCUUUGUAUAAACACUCUACAUCAGAGUUUGAAGCUUCCUUCUGGAGUCAUGUCUACUGUUGACUCAAGUUGAAACACACAAAUUUGAAAUCUAAUCGCGAAAUGAUCUCACCUCCUUUACCAAGCAGUUUCUUUUCAAACUGAGGUAUGCUGUUUCUUCUGUAGAUUACAUUUUUUUUUUUUUUAAUGCUGAUUCUGAAGAUAAUUUUGGAUUAGUUGUAUGGAUUGGUGACCGAUGCAAGGAGUCCUUUCCUAAUUAUUUACUGCUUUUGGGUGGAUAAGACCGUUAACAUUAUUGGAAAACCACUGUUCGUGUAUGGACUUAUCAAGUGUCUUUUUCAUUACGUUGACCCAUCACACCAGCACCUUCUAGUUGAGGAUCCGUGAAUGAUGUAAAUUGUUUUGAUCUUGAGGGCAGUAGUCUAUUUAUUUUUAUUAUUUUUGUGUUUGCUGGUUUUGUUCAGAUAAUGAAAUCAACCCAUGAAACUAUCUGCAAAAGCAAACGUUCCUUAGUUCUCUUGAAGUCCUUGAUAUGCUGUACUUGGGCGGGCAAUGUAAAAAUAUAACACAAUGGUGCUUAUCACUCCGGACAUCAGGAUCAUUCAUAUUUAUUUAUUUUUUUUUGUCCUCUUGCGCAGAUUAUUUUUAUUAAUUUUAUUCACUUUUAGUGAAUGAAAACCGCACAAGAUAUUUUUUUUUUCUAACCUAGAGAAGAACAAAUGAAGAUUUGAUGGAAGACUGGAUUCAUAUUCAGUAAUAUAUUCUAUAUAUGCUCUGCAAGAGGAGAUGUCCACAAGAUAUCUUACUCCACCCUCCAUGCUUCAAAUUGAGGUUGGGAGUGGGAGGCUGCUAAAGCUUGUCAUUUUAAUCUACAGGUGCAUCAUCUCACUCUGGUGGAUGGGUUCAACACAAUUUUAAACCUACUGGUCCAUCUUCUGCAAAGACUGGGAGAGAGAAUUCUAAAUAUUUUAGGGUGUCCAUCUUAAGUGUAUUUCCUCAUGCUGGGACUAAGCAUGGAUUUGGAUAUAACAACCCAUUUCUCCAUCUGGGGAUUUCACAACUUUGACUAAAACUUUGGUAAGGGAGUUGGUGGG